AUGUCCUUGGCUGAUGCUCUCAAGAGUAUCAACAAUGCUGAAAAGAGAGGCAAAUGCCAGGUUCUUAUCAGGCCGUGCUCCAAAGUCUUCAUCCCGUUUCUAACUGUGAUGAUGAAGCAUCAGUACACUGACGAAUUUGAAAUUAUUGAUGACCACAGAGCUGGGAAAAUUGUUGUGAACCUCACCAGCGGGUUGAAAAAGUGUGGCGUAAUCAGCCCCAGAUUUGAUGUGCAACUCAAAGAUCUAGACAAAUGGCAAAACAACCUGCUUCCAUCCCAUCAAUUUGGUUUCAUUGUACUGACAAUGGGCAUCAUGGAUCAUGAAGAAGCAAAAUGA